AUGGAGGACACAUUUGUAGGUGUUUACUGUAGGCCAUCUGGUCAGGAAGAGAAAGGCCAUGAGGCCGCCUACAGACAGCUGGAAGUAGCUUCACAAUCUGCAUCUCAUGGAGACUUUAACCACCCUGGUAUCUGCAGGAAAGACAACACAGCUAGGCAAGGACAGUCCUGGAGAUUCCUGGAGAGCACUGGUAACUUUUUGACACAGGUGGUGGAGGAGCCAGAGUCGCUGUAUUCCCUGGCUCUGAAAUGCCUUAUUAGCCUCUCUACGAUCAUCCUGCUUGGCCUCAUCAUCGUGUACCACGCCAGGGAAAUCCAGUUGUUCAUGGUGGACAAUGGAGCAGAUGACUGGAGAAUAGCCAUGACUUAUGAGCGUAUUUUCUUUAUCUGCUUGGAAAUACUGGUGUGUGCUAUACAUCCCAUACCUGGGAACUAUACAUUCACAUGGACAGCCCGGCUCGCCUUUUCUUACGCUCCAUCCACAACAACAGCUGAUGUGGAUAUUAUUUUAUCUAUACCAAUGUUCUUAAGACUAUAUCUCAUUGCCAGAGUUAUGCUGUUGCAUAGCAAACUUUUCACUGAUGCCUCAUCUAGAAGCAUUGGAGCAUUAAAUAAGAUAAACUUCAAUACACGUUUUGUUAUGAAGACUUUAAUGACAAUAUGUCCAGGAACUGUACUGUUGGUUUUUAGUAUCUCAUUAUGGAUAAUUGCUGCAUGGACUGUCCGAGCUUGUGAAAGGUAUCAUGAUCAACAGGAUGUUACUAGCAACUUUCUUGGAGCAAUGUGGUUGAUUUCAAUAACUUUUCUAUCCAUUGGAUAUGGUGACAUGGUACCUAAUACAUACUGUGGGAAAGGAGUCUGUUUACUCACUGGAAUUAUGGGUGCUGGGUGCACUGCACUGGUGGUAGCUGUGGUUGCAAGGAAGUUAGAACUUACCAAAGCUGAAAAACAUGUGCAUAAUUUCAUGAUGGACACCCAGCUAACUAAAAGAGUGAAAAAUGCAGCAGCCAAUGUACUCAGGGAAACAUGGUUAAUUUAUAAAAACACAAAGCUUGUUAAAAAGAUAGACCAUGCAAAAGUAAGGAAGCAUCAACGCAAAUUCCUGCAAGCUAUUCAUCAAGCUCGGAAGUUAAGAAGCGUAAAAAUGGAACAAAGGAAACUGAAUGAUCAAGCCAACACUUUGGUGGACCUGGCAAAGACUCAAAACAUCAUGUACGACAUGAUUUCUGACUUAAAUGAAAGAAGCGAAGACUUUGAGAAGAGAAUUGUCACUCUGGAAACUAAACUGGAAACUUUAAUUGGUAGCAUUCAAGCUCUCCCGGGACUGAUUAGCCAGACAAUCAGCCAACAACAGAGGGAUUUCCUCGAGGCUCAGAUACAAAAUUACGAUAAGCAUGUUGCCUACAGUGCUGAGCGAUCACGGUCUUUGUCAAGAAGAAGGAGAUCCUCCUCCACAGCACCACCAACUUCAUCAGAGAGUAGCUAGAAGAGAAUAAGUUAACCACAAAUAAAGACUUUUUUGCCAUCAUAUGGUCAAUAUUUUAGCUUUUAUUGUAAAGCCCUAUGGUUCUAAUCAGCGUUAUCUGGGUUCUGAUGUCAGAAUCCUGGAAACCUGAACACAAUGUUUUAGGCCAAAAUGAGUGAAAACUCUUUUUUUUUCUUCUUUUUUUUUUCCCCUCUUCCUCCUCUCAGAUGCACAGUGAAUGCACCUAUUAUUGCUAUAUUAGAUUGUUCCUCCUGUAAUUUCACUAACUUUUUAUUCAUGCACUUCAAACAAACUUUACUACUACAGUAUAUAAUAUAAUAAAAAGGUUAAUUUCUGCAUUUACUUGCUUGGUUGCUUGAACUUUAACAGUUAAAAAUAAUGUAAUCAAAAGCAGUAAUACUAAACCUUUAAGAAACAAAAUUCAAGCUUAAUUAUCCCUCAG